AUGGAAGAUUUUAGUACAUCAAUGACAGACAAAGAAGAGGAAGAACAAACCACUCAAGACCCCGACUUAAUCUCUGGUGCACACCCUCAGUUUGACGGAUUGGUGAGGAAGAAAAGUGGCAUACUGCUGCUCACACUCGUGUGCUUCCUCAUUUUCAUUCUCUUCAUCAUCGUACAGCUUUUCCUGAUGAAGAUUCGGAAAGCACACGUGAUCUGGAAGAAAGAAAAUGAAAUUUCAGAAUACACUCUAGAAAGUUACAAAUCGAGGUCAAAUAAUGAAGAAACAUCAUCCCAGGAGAAGUGUGGUCAAACUUCCCGUCCUAAGAGGUGCGUGGACUACAUCACACAGCUGUGCUCCGAGGCAAAAGCAAAACGAAAGGAGCACACGCAGCAGACGUUAAUGAGAGGGCACACGCGUGUGCCGGAGAGCAUCGUGUAG